UAAAUUUGGAAACUCGAAAUUCAAAUUUGGGAAGGCUACCGUCGGUUCACGGUUCAGACGGUUCGGCCGUUAAGAACCGCCGGUUCCGGGCAAAAGAAGAAGAAGAAGAAGAAGAAGAAGGUGUGAUUGUGCAUCGGCGAAGCUACAACAAUGGCUGCCUUGGUCUAUUCAUCUCUCAACCCCUGCACCAUUCCUCUCCAUCUCCACUCCCACCUCUCCUUCUCCGCCCAACUACGAGCCGUCUCCACCACCGCCGCCGCUCCCAUCCACAACCUCCGAGUACUUAUCGCCGCCGGUGGCACAGGCGGUCACAUUUACCCCGCCAUCGCCAUAGCAGACCACCUCAAAACCUUUCACCCCAACGCCAACUUCCUCUUCGUGGGAACCCCCACCGGAAUGGAGGCCAAAGCCGUCCCAUCCGCCGGAUUCCCCUUCACCACCGCCCCCGCCGCCCUCCUCUCUCUCCACAAUCUCUUCGUCCUUCCCUUCAUCCUCGCUAACUCACUCUUCAAGAAUCUCAAAAUCCUGUAAGAAUUCGACCCCCACAUUGUCAUCGGCACCGGAGGCUUCGUCUCGUUCCCCACAUGCCUCGCCGCCGCCUUCAAAGGCGUGAAGCUGAUUAUACAAGAGCAGAACUCCGUGCCCGGGAUCGCAAAUUUGGUUCUUUCCUUAUUCGCUGACAAAAUCUGUGUGGCCUUCGAUUCGAGCGUGGAGUGUUUCUGGGCCUGGGCCGCCUGGCAGAGGGAUAAGUGCGUUGUCUGUGGGAAUCCGGUGAGGCUGUCAUUGGUGAAUGGAGCCUCCAAGGCGGCGGCUAGGCGGCAUUUCUUUCCUGCCGUGGAGGUGGAGAAGGUGGUGGUGGUUCUUGGAGGGUCCCUAGGCGCCAAUGCCAUCAACAUUGCUUUGUUCAAUGUGUAUUUGCAGAUGUUGUCUGAGAAUGAUGGACUAUCCAUUAUAUGGCAGACGGGCACGGGCGCCUUCCUGGAGAUGGAGAGCCUUGUCACCACUCAUCCUAGCCUACUUCUUUCGCCAUUCUUGCACGACGUGGAUUUGGCGUAUGCUGCUGCAGACCUUAUUGUUGCAAGAGCUGGGGCAACGACCUGCUAUGAGAUCCUAGCAACUGGGAAACCUUCUAUUUUGAUACCAUCACCACAUGCUGCCGAGGGACACCAAUUAAAAAAUGCUCAACUCAUGGCUGAUGUUGCUGGUUCAAGGGUUAUAAUGGAAGAUGAACUCGACUCAGCAACCCUUAGAAAUGCAAUCCAAGAAAUUAUUGAUAACGAUAAUCUAAUGGAAGAGAUGUCUGAGAGGGCUUUGCGAGCUGCCAAAACGAAGGCCUCUGCUGAGAUAGCCAAACUUGUUAUCUCCCUAACCUCUGAAGUAGACUUGACUUCCUGAAGGAUUAAUGAGAAUACAUUCACCUAUUUUCUAAUUUUCAGUAAAUAGCAGACAGUUCGUUUCUGGAAGGGAAACCGAGCUUUUUGAGGGCUAACGUUUCACUUUUGUGCAGUACUUCCUCUCUGACCAUUGGCAUUUGCUUCCCUUCUGAUGAACUUUUCAUCGCAUCAAGUGGCAUAUUACCUAUAAGAUUGUUGUAGAGACUUUGAGCUCAACGUUUUCAAGAUCGGAACAUCAGUUCUUCAAGAAAACAAAUCAGCUAUAAUUGAAUGCUUAAAAGUUGGCUGGCAGAAUCUGGAAAACUGAGAUUGUGCUUAUAUCCGGGUUGAGGGAAGUGGUUGAAAGCCUCCAUUGUACAAGGAUCCAGGUUACCUUCAGCAAUCGCGACUGCUAUGGAAGGGGAUAAGUCUCUAUCUCGAGUGAAGAAAAGAGAAUGGUAACAGACAGAAAUCAACAAGUAGGACAUUUGCUGCAUAACUCAACUUUGAGAAAAUGCAAAGACACGUUAAUUUAGUACAAAGUUAUGGAAAGAGGAAAGGAUACGGCCCCAAGAAAUCAAGGUCCCCGUGCAAAAGCUCAGGCGCAAGAGGAUUGAGUGGUUUCAGUUUCUUUGAAGCUGCAUCGUAACUGCCAAGAAUGUUAAACAAAGAUGCAGGUAUUGUAUGCUAUUAUACAACUCAACAGAAAAGCAUGUAUCAUACACUCGGGCAUGUUGGAAGACUGCCAAUGCUUGUUUGAAAGCUAUGGGAUAAUCUUCAGGCACUACUUUUCCCUUUUCAAACUUGAGCACUGACAGAACCUGCAAAACAUGCAUCACUUUAUCAUGAUUUCUUUGAUAUUUUAUGUAAUGUGAUUAACAUCAGUUUAUCUUUGUGCUACACAGAGCCAACUCUCUCUACUGUUGAAUCUUCUAAUAUAGAUACAGUAAGUUUCACAUUUGGAUUCAAGAGCACACUUCCAUAAAAUAAAGCAUGCUCUUCAUGUAGGCUGUGUGCCUUGAGUUAAUUUGAUAUGAUUUGGAGAUCA